UCGAGGAAGGAAAGGAUGUGGCGCCAUCGGGCUCGCGCUCUGCUGGAGUGGGUAUUUUGGAUAUCUGGCCCAGGCCUGAGGUUCUGCCAAAUGCCUCCGGUGUAAAGGGGCCAACAAUUAUGCGGAGCCGGGACCCCGCCUCAACGGGGUGGACAGACCGACCGCUAUUGAGAGUUCGUCAGGGCGGUUAAUGUGGGGACAAAGCACGCUGUGGACCGACAAUCUUUACAUCCAAGAUAGCCAGCAGCAGACAUCAAGAGGCUGCUCAACUGCAGAGGCGGCGGCACUGUUUGCAGGAUUAAAGCGAGAGCUUGGUGUGUACGGUUCAGGGGAGGUGGUCUUCGAAGUGUGAGGGACAUUUGAGUCAGACAGGUUAGCUAUUGCCGUGAUUCUUAAUAACUGUAACAUAUGCCUACCAAGGAACCCUAUCUAUGGAGAUAUUGUCGACACAUAGAGGAUCCGGUCAGGCCGACCCAGUGACAGAGCGGGUUCAGCCGGAAUAAAUCAGUUGGGUAGGCUAAUCUCUUGGUUUUUUGUCCGUCGGGCGGCGAUGUCAGCUUUCUGCCUCGACCUGCACACAUCUAAGGCGGCGAUUUCAGCACCACCCGAGCUGGACAGCGACUGCAUGGAGCACCCGCUGGAUCAGGGCAACAAAACCCCACAAGAAAAGGGAGGAUUUCAGGGCCACUCGCUGCUACACACCGGCUCUGGAGGCCUCGGGAUGGCGUUGGAAGAGGAAUUAGCCAUGCUUACUGGGGAGCAGGACGACGAGGAGGAGGAAGAGUUAUCCGAAUUGGAGACGCCUGUAAUUGGACAGAAUACAGACUUGUCGCUCUUCCGUCAAAAAGAGAAGGACUUGGUUUUAGCUGCUAAACUAGGCAAGGCACUGCUAGAGCGUAACCAAGACCUGACUAAGCAAUAUGAGAAAAUGAACAAAGAUCUUAACGAUAAACUAGAGCACCUGGAGCAGGAGAAGCACGAGCUGCGGCGGCGGCUGGAGAAUAGGGAGGGGGAGUGGGGGGACCGCGUGGCGGAGCUGGAGACAGACGUCCAGCAGCUGCAGGGAGAGCUGGAGCGCCAUCAGGUCCAGCUGAGAGAGGCCGACCGCGACAAGUCCACGGCUAUGAGGGAGCUGUCAGAAGAGAACCACCGCCUGCUGGAGCAACUUAGCCGGGCUACAGAUGUGGAGAGGCAGCUGUCCACUCAGGUCCACUCGUUACGGGAUGACUUCAGAGAGAAGAGCGUCUCCACCAACCAGCACAUGACACGACUAGAGAGCCUACAGGCUGAGCAAGGGCUAGAAAUUAAGAUGCUGUCGGAGCGUAAGAGAGAGCUGGAGCGUCGGGUUAACGCUGUGCUAGAGGAAAACGAGCUACUUCAGAAUACUGUUGACGACCUGAGGGAAAGAACACUAGUGCUGGAGAAACAUCACCACGAGAAGGACUUACAGUUACGGCAGAGCCAGCUGGAGCUCCAGGAGGUCCGGGUGUCCCACAGACAUCUGAGUGCCCGCUUUGAGGAGCUCACAGAGGAGAGAAGUCUACAAGGCCUCAGCCCACACCCUGCCAGUCUACUCUGUGAGAUAGAACAGAGCAUGGAGCAAGAGGAGCAGGAACAGGAGAGGGAGCAGCUCCGUCUCCAGCUGUGGGAGGCCUACUGCCAGGUGCGCUCGCUCGUCUCCCACCUGCGGGGCAAUGACAUCACAGACUCAGCCCUGUCCACAGACUCCUCCAUGGACGAGUCCUCAGAGACAUACCCAGCCAAGGACGUUCCCAUGGGGAGCCUGCAUGCCAGUCUACUGGAGCUACGCAGACUCACACAGAACCUGCUAGACGGCAACGAGUCCACGGGUUCUCGGCAUAGUGACGAGGAGGCUCUAGAAGACCAGGUUCGAAAACUUGGGGAAGAGCUGAGAGGAGUGAGAGAGCUGUACGAAGCAGAGCAGGAUAGAACACGGAACAGCCAAGAAGAGGUUCUACAACUCCAUAAUCAGAUGGCGAUGCUCUCUGUGGAGAUGUGCUCUGUACAGGAGGAGAGUGAGCGUAUGAGGGCCAUGUCUGAAGCACGAGACCCCAGUGAACAGCUCCAAAGUGCUAUACGAGACCGAGAUGAUGCUAUUUCCAAGAAGAAAGCGGUGGAGAUGGAGCUGGCCAAGUGUAAGAUAGAUAUCAUGUCUCUGAACAGCCAGCUCCUGGACGCCAUCCAGCAGAAGCUGAACCUAUCACAGCAGCUGGAGGCCUGGCAGGAUGAUAUGCACAGUAUGAUUGAUCAGCAGCUUAUGGAAAAGCACCAGGAGGAGUGGAGGGUGACCCCCUACUCCCUUGCUGGGCCCUCUGGGGGUCGCGGGGGCCCCUCCGGCCAGUCCUCCAGACGAGCCCAUCGUCUCUCCGAUGGGGAGAAGAGGCUCUUUUCCUUCUUCAAAAAGAACUGAGUGCCUCUGGACUGGCCCAAGUGAACAUGAGAGAAAAUAACAAGAAAAAGAGAGUGCAGAGGGAGAAAGAGUAAAGACAGUAAAGCCAAAGACAAAGGGCAGUGAUACAGACUAUCAGACAGGGGGGCUAAAGGGUUCAGAGGUCAUUUGCACUUUAUCUGUCCCAUCACGCCCUUCCUUACAGACACUUAGAGAAUGAGUGAGUAGCACUGUAAGACACCCCCAGAGGCCUUGGCUACAAUCCCAUAAACACCCAUUGUGCUUACAUUAACAGGGUUACAUAUAUUACCUCCAAAGAGGUCCGUUCCCCAGUAGUGCCUCCCAGCGUCUUUACCCCACUGCCAAAACUCCAGACUGGGAGUGUAUCCAUACAGUAGGGCUGACUCCUGUGUACUGCCACAGGCCAAGGAGUCUGGGGAGAGGGUGUUCAAUACGGGACUCACCAAGGCCUUGGAGUCGAGGGAUUGGGACGGUGGGCCAGUGAUCUGGGUAAGGGCGAGAAGGACAAGGACCAGCCUCUGGGUGGGAAGCAGCAUUGUUACAGCUAACUCAGACAUGUUUUCAGGUUUAUUCAGGUGUUCAGGGAUUUACAAAGAGGCCUUAUUCCCAAUCAAUACAGUCCAAUGGAUGGACUUUAUUCAAUUGGUAUGCACUUCGCAAUUAUGGUCAUGCCAUAGCAUUGGUUAAUAGAGUUAAAGGUAGCUCUAACACAACACACCAAAAUCACUGAACUUUUGCAUUCACAAAAAUAAGACAGGAGUGUAAAUGUCCAGAUCAAGCCACAGUAAAUCCAAAAACAUAUCACUUGUCUUUAUGUAUAUCGAUCAUAAGUUUACCUCAGAUCAUACUCAAUACUGACUGAGCAACCACAGCAUGACAAAGUGUCAGUUACAUUUACCAAGCACUGAGUGUAUAAAAACCAGUCAAAGUGAUUAUGGGUCUAUCUCAGGUCCGUGGACAUUUCUACACAGGCCUCUUGUCAGUCUCUGACAUCUGAAUAAACCUCUGGGCAGCUGGCGUUAGUUGCAGCCUCUAUCCAGGUGGAAUUCUACAGUUAGAAUGCCACAUUUAGCAUACAUUUGACAUACAAAAAGUGAUAAGAAAACUGUAUUUUCAAACAUUGUCUGUACAAUGGCGAUCAUCAUGUAUCUUUCUCCUAGCUAACCAAAUCCUCAGAAAUGUUUACAUUAGGCUAGCGUGAGAAAGGGGAAGUCAAAACGGUCUCUCAAUACUUCUGCAGUGCCUAACUUUGGCAAGUCAAAGGCAUCCAUAUUGUGCUAUAGUUAAUUGUCAAAUUUCCAUUCAUUGGAACACAAAUGUGGUAUUGAUUUAGUAACCUACUCAGUCAGCUACCACCAAUCGAGUUCCACAGGAAACCCUAUUGACAGGGCCUACAGAGUGCUUUAGCUAUAGUGUCACAGUAAUAUAGAUGGUCUACUGCCAUUCCCAUUGCUUCAAAACUUAUGAUAGUGGACACUUUAUUUCCUAGCUUUUGGGCUUCCAUUCAGGCCAGACAUACAGAAUCUGUGACUCCAUAUUUGUAGAGUCUGUGUAGAUAAAUGUGAUGCAUUUGAACCCUCAUGGCGCGUUUGAAAACAAGACUGGCACAGUCUUCUGACCUCUGUCUGGGUAUGGGAAGUCAUAUCUAGAGCACCUGAGCAAACCUAUGCAGAUGUCUUCUCACCAUCUCAAUUAGUUAGGUUGUUGGUUAGGAUCAACCCAAAGAAGGGUUCUUUUUAAAGAGUUGAGAGUAGGUUUGGAUGAAAUCAAUAUAUUUAUAAAUGCAGACAAUUAAAAUGUACUCUUUCUUUUUAGAAUAAUUAUUUCAUUGUUCCAGUAGUUUUGUUUUGUGUUUUGAGUGUUUACAUUCAAAUUGGGAUCGCUAUGGAAAGGGAGAGGAGGGGUGAUGUGUAGGAGGGUGGAGAUUCUAUGUUCUUCAUGUGACUGUUCAGUUCUGUCCAAGUAAUAAGUCAUUCUAACUUUCACCAAAUCACAGAAUGUUGUCGAAGUUAGGGUUAUGCUCUUGAAUCACAAGUUAGGAUUCUGUGAGUCAGUCGACCAAUGUUUGAAUCAAAAGUGACAUUUUCUACAAAGUAAGAGUUGCUACCAUAGCCUUCACUCCAGCCUACAGUUACACUCUCAGAUAAAAGGGUUCCAAAAGGGUUCUUCGGCUGUCCCCAUAGAACACUUUUUGGUUCCAGGUAGAA